AUGUCAACGCGCAAACUAUCCCCCGGAUUGAAGGGGCAGACGCAAAGAGAAAGAGCCUCCCACGGGCUUGUUUCAACUAUUAUGGUUACUUCACUGGGAACACACAUUACAGCAGAGGAUGCUCUUCCCUCCAUUAUAUCGUCCUUCAGAAAGAGCGAGCAAGGACAGUGCGCCAUAAACACACAGAAGGUAAAUCUGGGCCACAGAAUAGAAAGCAAAAAGGGCCUGUUCACGUUCUUUGUGAACACCCCAGAGGCCUCAAAUAUAAUGAAGGCAAAGAUCCAAGGAGCUGACAUAAAUAUUAUUCUGGUGGAUAAAAAGAUAAACAACGAGAUCUGCGACUUAAUCAGCCAGACAAAGCAGGAUAACCUUAUAUUCCUUUCUUGUCUGCGGGAUGUUCCCUCAGAGAUAAAGAAGGACGUGAAAAAGACCUUUGGAAAGGCAAAGAUAUAUGGGCUGAAUGAAAUCUCCCGGGUUCUUGAAAAUAAGACGGUGCUGAACAGAAAGAGAUAUACACGCCCACACUUCUUCCCAGACACAAUCGAGCACCAGGAGGAGCGUCUUUUCAAGAUCACUGGAUCUGUGGACAAAGGAUUUGUGUCACCGCAGCUGCUUAUAAAUGGCUUUAUGUCUGGGAGAAUUCGGCAGGUGUCUGCGCAUGGGAAAGUACUCGAUAUUUCCGGGCUUGCCAUGCUUACAAAGGAGGACCUGUACCAAAAAAAGAAGGACGACGAAGAAGAGAUGACCGACCUGCUUACUACGCUCAGAAUAAAGGACAGUCAGAUCAAUGACCAGCCAGAGUACUCUGAUGACUCCAUUGGAUGCAUAAAUGUAGAGGAGACACAGGAGGAAGAUGACGAAGAAGAGGAGGACAGUGAAGACGACAGUGAAAACUACGCAGACCUAGAAGGCAUGGCAGGAGACGAAGAUCUGUGCGAUGUAGACUCGGAUGACCUCAUGGGAUACACCACCUUGGAAAAGGAAAAUAUAAAGAAAGACCUUGUGAAUAAGUACAAGGGAUUCAAAGGGCUUAGAAGCAUAAACAUGGGACUGCACAAAAAAGAGAACUGCAAGGAAAAUGAAACCUUGAAGGUCUUCAGAACACAGAACCUUCCAGAGUACUACAAGAACCUCAGCUUCAUAGGAUCUGAGAGGGUCAGAAGAAGGAUACUUUCCAAGAAAAGCCCCAUCCCAGUGCAAACCCCCCUUGAAAUCAUCAUUGAAAUAAGCGAAGAGCAUAUGCAGUCAUUUGAGUCUGCAAUUAUGUCCGGGUUUCUGUCGAUCCACGGCCUCUUUGACUAUGAAGGCGCACUCACUGUCUGUGCACUCUCUUUCCAGACGAAAGAAACUAUCAGCAUACAUGAUAACAACCUGGUCUUUGACUUUGGAUUUACGUGCACCGCGCCUUCUUCCUGCGUUAUGGGCAAUGGCGUAGAGGUAGUUAAGUGCAAAACAGAAGGAACCUCUGGAACUGUCUGCUUUGUGGGCCCUUUGAUUCUCACUAGCGAUAAAAUAGCCAUCUACAAAGGAGACCGGUGCGUAGGCAGUGCACUGCACGCCACCCGAAAGGACCCAAUUCUCAUCAGAACAGUAGUCUUCAAGGGAAUACCUGCAAAGAUCCUAAGGCGGUCCUGCAUUGUCAGUAAAAUGUUCCACUCCAGAGAAGAGGUCAAGUACUUCAAGGGAAUUAAGCUGUACUCCAGCAUGAAAAAGGAAGGCCAUAUUAAGCGGCCCCUUGGAGAAAGCGGUCUAAUGAAGUGCUACUUCUUCCCGCCUGUCAAGCACGGAGAAAAGAUAUACAUGGAGCUGGCAAGAAGAGUGUUUAUUUCACCAGAAAACUAA